AUGGACAGGAUACUCGAGAAGUGCACUGGAGCCUGUGGUAUAGCUGACGAUAUCACCAUAUAUGGAUCAACAGAACAUGAACACGACAAAAACUUAAAGCGUUUUAUGGAGGUCGCUACUCAAGAGGGCCUUACCCUCAACUCGGAGAAAUGCAAGAUUAAACGCCGGGAAAUCUCCUUCUUUGGAAACCUGUAUACACAUACCGGAUUGAAACCUGACCCAACAAAAGUACGUGACCUACAGGAGAUGUCAGAACCACGUAACAAAACAGAAUUGCAACAGUUUUUAGGUGUGAUGACAUACCUAUCUCGCUUCAUCAAGGACCUCACCUCCAAAACUACCGUGUUGCGUGACCUGUUACACAAGGUCUCUGAUUUUCAAUGGGAACCACAUCACCAGAAAGUUUUGAAAGAUCUAAAGAGCGAAGUAUCUGAAACGUCUCUGCUUCACUAUUUUGACCCCAAACUCCCAAUUUACAUGAACUGUGAUGCGAGUAUACGGGGAAUAGGUGCAGCUCUGCUACAACCGGAUGCAGAUGGCAAUCUAUUGCCUGUCACAUAUGCUAGCAAGAGCUUAACACAAACGGAACAAAGAUAUGCAUGUAUCGAGCGUGAGCUACUGGCCAUGGUAUUUAGCACACAGAGAUUCCACACAUACCUUUAUGGCCACAAUUUCCAAGUCAUCACCGACCAUAAACCCCUUACAAUGAUUAUCGACAAACCGCUCACCUCAGCCCCGGCACGCCUGCAGCGGAUGCUCAUACAACUCCAGGGAUACAACUUCAGGAUCACCUACAACAAGGGAUCUGACAACAUCUUGGCUAAUGGACUAUCACGCCUACCAUCACCCGGUAAUUUGGACCCUAUCGAGCUUGAUGUCCGGGUUGAUACUGUCCGUUUCUCCACUGAUCGCAUUGAACAACUGAGAAACUGUACAACAGCGGAUCCUUUGCUUAACCAGCUGAGAGAGACCAUCAUCACUGGAUGGCCAGAGACAAUCAAGCAGCUGCCCACUGACAUCAGAGUGUUCUGGGGUCUAAGAGACCAGCUCUCAAUUGAUGAUGGUCUUAUCCUCAAAGGACAACAAAUCGUCAUUCCCCAGACACUUCAAGAAGACAUCCUAAAACAGCUUCAUACCGCUCACUUAGGACAAGAGAAAACAAAACUCCUCGCCAAUGACACUGUCUACUGGUCUAUUUCAUUCAUUCAUUCUUUCUUUCUUUCUUUCUUUCUAUCUAUUUAUUUAUCUAUGUCAAUCUGUUCCUAUCUAUCUAUCUGCCUCAGUUUGUUCCUAUCUAUCUAUCUAUCUAUCUAUCUAUCUAUCUAUCUAUCUAUUUCAGUCUGUUCCUAUCUAUCUAUCUAUCUAUCUAUCUAUCUAUCUCAAUCUGUUUCUAUCUAUCUAUCUAUCUAUCUAUCUAUCAUCUAUCUAUCUAUCUAUCUAUCUAUCUCAGUUUAUCUAUUUAUCUAUCUAAUUUAUCUAUGUAUAUCUAUCUAUCUAUCUAAAUUAUCUUAUAUAUAUAUUCCAUUUUACUAUCUAUCUAUCUAUCUAUCUAUCUAUCUAUCUAUCUAUCUCAUUCUGUUCAUAUCUUUCUUAUUCUGUUCAUAUCUAUCUAUCUAUCUAUCUAUCUAUCUAUCUAUCUAUCCCAUUCUACAUUAUCUAUCUAGCUAA